AUGCACUCAAGGAAAGCUUCAUUGCCUUCAGUCUUAAUUAACUCUCCACCAGCCUCUUCUUCUACUCUUUCAUCAAGAAAAACUGCAGACCUACCAAUUUUAAAAUCAAGUAUUACCCAGAGAAAAAAAUUUUCAAUUGAUAUAACUCCAAGCGACUCAUAUACCGACCUCCAAGCCGCAUUUACACAAACAAAUCGAUUUUCCCAUCCCCGAGUAAAAUCUGAACAACUUUUGCCUAAAGAUACCAAAAAGCCUGUAACUUUUAUAUAGAACAGAGCAAUGAUAGAAAAAUUGCUUAACGAGUAUUCUGAUCUUUUUGAAACAAGAAGAUUUUCCAUGACUCCAGGCAGCACAAGUACAAAACUCGGCCCAGGCUGCUAUAAUGUUUCAUUAAGCACUUUAGGAGGGCAGUCGUUUCAGUUUAGCACCACUUCUAGAUUCAAAAGAAAUGAGCUAGCUUCACCUCCACUUGAAAUUGACGAAAUAGAACAGAGAAGACGAAUUCAAGCUAUUUUAUUAGAAAACAAAGAAAUGGAAAAAUACCUGCCUGAUAAUAAAGAAAAGCUUAUCAAGCUGAAGUCUCAGAUUGAAAACACAAAAAUCUUGGAAGCGAAGAAGAAAAAAGAGCUUUUGAUUUUUCAAAAGAGGAUAGAUACACAGCUAAAAUUAGACGCGAAACAAAGGAAAUUUGAAUAUAAAGUGAGAAGGGAAGAAAUUGAUAAAAUUGCUAAAGGGUGGGUUAUUUUUUGGAUUGUGUGCAGCUGACAGUCUAUUGGGUAUCAUAGAAUGGUAGAGAGAACUGAUUUGCAUAUAAGGUCAGAAGGGGUUUUGAAGAGGCUUUAUGUGCUUUGCUGGAGCAUUGGAAAGUUUAAACGGCUACACAAACUAUUAAAAAUUAGAAAUGCAAAAAGAUGUCUAGAAAAGCUUGUGAAACCUGUAAGAGAAUGGCACAAAUCACAGAAAAUUGUGUAUAAAAGCAGAAUUAUCGAUAUAAUUGAACGUGCUGCUACAAAAGAUAUGCUUUUCCGGCUUCUCGCCCAGUGAAAAACAAAAAUCACAUUUCUCCAAAGAACAAUAAAGCACUUAUUAUUUGAGAAAAAAACUUCAAUGACUUUUAAAAUAGUCAUGUGAAAUAAAGCUGAAUAUAAAAUAUUCAGAGAGUUACAAGUAAAAAGGCAUGCUUUACAGAAUAAUGAGCUAAAAAAACCAAUAGAUUCAAAAGCGAUUUUCGGGAAAUCUACAAUCCCUGACAACGUUAAAGAACAAUGUAUUAAAAAUCUUUUAAGGCAAAGAGCAAAAGAAUAUAUUGAAAAACUAAAAGAAUGGAAAAUAAAAUGCAGAGAACUUAUGGAGCAGGAAGAAAAAAUAAAAUACAAAAGAGAAGCCACUGCUUUCCUUAAGAAUAAGAAGGUCAAAAUGGUAAAAUUGCCUGAGAAACCGAGGGGGGAUUAUAUGCUUUCUGAAGCAGACUACAGAAAAAUGAUACAGGAAUGCAUUAAAAGUCAAGAAAAAUGGGAAAUGCCUCACAUCAGCUACUAG